AUGGAGAACAGUAGCAACGACGCGACACUUCCAUUCCCGCCCCCUCCCCUGGUCACCCUCAAAAGCUGCACCAUCCGCCCCUACCACCCCAAUGACGCCGCCAGCAUGGCAAAACAUGGAAACAACCCUCUGAUCGCCCAAUGGAUGACGAACAUGUUCCCGCACCCGUACACCCUCGACAAAGCCCACGAGUGGAUCGCCAUGAACCUCCCCAAAGAGAAAGAGAAGAGCAAAGAGCCCGCCGCCGAUAACAACAGCGGCCCCACCGCCGUCACAAAUGACCCCCUCGCACAGCAACCCACAUCCACCGCGCCGACAGUCGCGUCACUGCCCACUCCCGCCGAACCGCCGCCCGUGGACUGGCCUGCGACCACCAACUUCGCCAUCUGCGUCGACGACGAAUGCGUCGGCAGCAUCGGCGUCAAGCCCGGGGCCGACGUGCACGCCCGCUCCGCCGAAGUGGGCUACUGGCUGGGCGAGGCCGCGUGGGGCCGUGGCAUCGCCACAGAGGCCGCCGCCGCGUACGUCGCUUGGGUCUUCGAGACCGUGCCCGGCGUGGAGCGCUUGGCCGGGUGCGUGUACGGCGGUAAUGCGGCGAGCAUGCGGGUGCUGGAGAAGGUUGGGUUCCGCCGAGAAGGGAAGUUGAGGAAGGCGGUAUGGAAGAAGGGCGUGUGGCGGGAUUUGGAUAUGUUUGGAUUGCUGAGGGAGGAGUGGGAAGAGGAGCGGAAGGGGAGGUGA